AUGGAGGGUAUGCCACGUGUACCGAUGCUUACGCCAGAUUUAAAAUUUUGUUUGGCAUCAUUACCAACCAAUUUUUCAUCGCAAAUUAAAGAAUAUAUCCUAUUGCACUAUCAAGAUGAUCCAAUGAAGUAUGAAAGUGCUAUUGGUGAAAUUGAAAAUAUGCGUUCGAAAUUGAGUCGACUUUUGCCUGAUUUGGAAACGUUGAGCAUAUUGAAACGAUAUUACGCGCAGUUAUGCUUGAUGAAAAAUAGAUUUCCAAUGGAAAAAGGUGAUACUAUCAAUGUGGCAUUUUCCUGGAUGGAUAAGAAUAGUGAUACAUCAAAUGCAGUUGUAUUUGAAGAUAUUAAUUAUGAGCUUGCAUGUAUAAUGUACAAUAUUGGUGCUGUACAUGCAGCAAUUGCUGCUAAUGAAACACGCACUGAUUUAGACUCAAUUAAAAACGCUUUUACACAUUUUCAAUGCGCGGCAUAUCCUUUCGAACAAAUACGAGAUUCGAUGAAUGCUGUGAAGUAUUCUGCUGUCGAUUUUGAUCCUUCUAUUCUAACAUUUUAUAUCACUAUACUAUUGGCGCAAGCACAAGAAUGCUUACUGGAAAAAAGUAUCAUUGAUCAUCGCAAAAAUACAGUGAUAGCAAAGUUAGCAAUUCAUCUAAGGGAUGUAUAUAUGCAAUGUCGUGAACAUUUUGAUUUCACUGGCUUAAAUGAUGUCCUCUCUUCGAGAUGCAAGGAAUGGUUAAGAACAUGCACUGUAAAAUCAGAAAUGUAUGGAGCGAUAGCAAUGCUUCAUCUUGGCUUGCAAGCAGAAGAAGAUAACAAAAUGGGUUUUAGAGUUUCUUAUUUUGACUUUGCUUUGGAACAUGUAACUGCAGCUAUGAAACAGGUUGAGAAGGAUAAGCGAGAAAGUUUGAAGGAAGCUGUCAUUUUUUUGAAUGAUGUUAUUCUUGGAAAACAGCGAAAUGCUAAGAAAGAAAACGACUUUAUUUAUCAUGAUCGAAUGCCGAAAUCAGAAGAAUUGGCUGUUAUAGAGGGUGUUAAUAUGGUAAAAGCAGUUGGAUUUGAUCCAACCGAUAAAUCAGUCUCUGGUCCUGAUCUCUUUGCUGCAUUGCUACCAGGCAAUGUGCUCAAAUCACUUUCUGUUUAUAGUGAAGAAAAAGCAAAAUUCAAACGUGCGCUAUUAGAAGAAAUUGAAGAAAAAGAUAAGGAAUUAGAAGACUAUAUUAAAUCUUUGCAACUUGAAGAAAUUAAUUUUAAUGAUGGGUCAGGAAUGGAGGAACUUCCAGAAAUGUUAUUAGAAAGAAGUGCUGCAUUCAACUCACAACCGGAUGCUUUUCCUGAAUUAUUGGACAAAUUACAUCGAGUUGGAGAUUGUGCGAUAGAAGCAGACCAUAAAAUUUGCAAUCUUCAUAAUAGAUUAGAUGCUAUUAACUCUCUUCAACUGAGAGCUGACGAAGGAUUUAGUGCUAUCAUGAAAGAACUUAAUCGUGUCAACGAUCAUCAUAUGAAAGCGCGGGCAAACAAUGCGGAGCUACAACGUGCAUUAGCUGCUCAUUCAGAAAGUCUAAAAAUUUUGGCAAUGCCAUUGAAUGAAUUACGUAAACGACUAACAGAUAAUAGUGAAACAAAACCAGCAGAUAGCACAGAGGGAUUACUACUGAAGAAGAUGCUGGAUAAGGCAAAUGAAAUGAGCACUCAGAGACGUACUUUACUUUCGAAAUUAAAUGAAGAUUUACAAAAUGAUGAUAUUACAGCAAAAUGUUUGACAGAGAAGAAUGAAGAUAAUUGGGGAUUGUAUGAAAAUGAACUUAAAAAGCAUGAGGAAACUGCUACACUGAUUCGUAUGAAUCUUGCUGCACAAAAUAAUAUACUUGCUGCAUUGACUGAUGCGAAUGCUAGUUUUGGUGAUUAUCGUAAAAAGAUUAUCGAUGUAAAUAAAAAUCGUAUGGAUCAGGUACUUGCUCUUACUGCAGCUUAUGAUGUGUAUGUUGAUGUUUCACAGAAGACAGAAGAAGGCUUAAAAUUCUAUUCAACUUUAUUCUCAAUGAUAAAAGGUUUAGGAAAUGCUGUUGAAGCAAUCGAAACUGCUUUUGAAGAGGAAAAGAAAGAGAAAGAGAAAGAAAUGCUGAGAGGAUUGGAAGAGCAUGCAAAUGGUAUGAAGUGGAUUACUUCCGCACAAAAUAUCAAGAAGGACACAGAUCAUAUUUCAGUAGGCUCCGAAAACGUCAGCAGUGAUAAUAAGCUAGAAAUGGGUUUUAAAAGACUAAGACUGAAAGACUGUUUGGAAUACUAUCGCAAUAAUAUUGCUAAAGAUGUCCAUCAUGGCACACAACAAUCUCAUCCCGUUGAUAUCUUAUCAUCUGUAUCACACAGAGAUGAGAUACAAUCUAAUCAUCAGACCAUGCCUACCUCUGAUACUGCUCAUCAUUCCCAGUAUCAGAGUUCAGCAUCGUUGCAUUCUCAAUUUGCAACAAUGUCUAAUUCAUCAAUACCAAAUACUUCAUUAAGCAGUACCGCAAAGAUGAUUCCGCAACCAUAUAUAUUUUCUAAUAAUGUGGCAUUAUCACAAGCAUCAAAGCCACUAUUAAAUCCUCAAUUACAACCUAUGGUGUCGUUAACACCGCAACACACCGUAACGUCACCGUAUCAUUUUUCCGCAGAUCAGCGUACUUUCACUAUUCAAAAUCCUAAUGCUAUAAAUGCAACAUUACCAGUUGCUAAUACCCAACAGGUGAACACUUCAGUUCUUCAACCACCGACCUCUGUCAUUCAUGGCAUUUCUGAACCAAUUUUGACUGCAGUUACAACAGUUAAAGGAUCAUCAAUGACAGCACUGAAAAAUGUUGUUACUUCCUCCACUACGUUGUCCACGUCAACUGCUUUGAAUUAUACGCCUAACAUUUCUUGUGCAUCGAAUCCAGCACUAUUGGAGAAGCCAGCUUUAAGAUCAGAUGCAGCAUUGAAUACGAUAGCACCGGUUAAGAUCGAGAAACCAAUUGACAGAACUGUGUUACAUUCUCAAGUAUAUGCUUCUCCAUUUGCCUCAAAUAAGCUAAAUUCCACUUUUGCUCGAAAUACGAUACCAACUGCUGGCGUAUCGACACUAGUCAAACCAGAAGUUUUUCCUGCUCAUCACUUCACUUAUCCCCAAGAUGCCACAUUCUAUACAGGAAUAUCACCGUGGCAUCAACCUCUCAGAAACAUUAAUGAUUUAAGUGGACGGGCAGUUGUUGAGAGUACAAAAGUGGUUUCCGUUUCACCGCCAACUACGAGUUUACAAUCAUUUAUUCCAAAUAAUCAAGCUACACCGACAAGAAGUACUGCAGUUAUGGAUAUAAUGAAUACUCCAUUAGAUGUAAUGUUACCAGCACCUUUGGUUCCCACUCAUCUAAUUAGUGAAGUUGAGAGAAACAAUUCAAACAUUCGAAUGGUUCAUCCAGUGUCAUCCAUUGAGGCAACAAGAAUAGAAGAAAUAAACUUGGUGCAGACGCCACAACUGUCGGAAAGCGGGGGAUCAACGCCAGUUAGCUCCAUUGUUGUGCAGACACCACGACCUGCAGCUGCAGUAGCACCAAUCAUGCAAACUGAUUGCAAUACCACAUCAUCAUAUGACUCCACACUUUCAAUCACAAAUGUUACCUCAAUGAGUUAUUCUGCGCCAUUGCCUCAGCCAAAGACAAUGCCAUCACAUAUUUCGUCAUGUACAAAAAAGGAAAAUGGUGCCGAUAAUGAAGGAUGUAGUAGUAGUGUAAAGGAAGUGAUGAAUCCUCAAACAUUCACUAUUGGAAAUACUGAUCCAAUCCGCUUGGAAAAACGUCAUAUGCGAGAACAAUUCAAAACAGAAGGAAUUGAUGCGCAAUUGCCACCUUUGGAUCCUACAGAUCCCAUAAACUGCAUAGAUGCCCAUUACUGGCUGAAUAAAUCAUAA